CCAAGCGAAGUGUCGUCGACGCGGAACCCCGUGUGUGUGUGUGUGUGUGUGUGUGUGUGUGUGUGUGUGUGUGUGUGUGUGUUUACGUCUCCACCGCUGUCUCUCUGUCUUUGUCCGCAGACACGGAUGAAGAUGUGCGCCGUGCAGCUGCUGCGGGUGUCGGUCCAUGAGCGGAUCAGCGCCGCCGCUGAAGACUUCCUGCUGCGGCUGGAGAAAGCGAGAGAAGCGGCUGAGAUCCCGGAGCUGAGAGCGCUGCUCACCGAGCGGUUAACGGCGGCUGCGGAGGAGAUCGUCGGUCUGUUGGAGGAAACCGUGGCGGAGUACGAAGACAGAGUGGAGCGGUCAGAGCGGGAGAUCUGCCGCCAGAGGAGGCUGCUGGAUGCCGUGCUGAAGCCUGAAGUCCGGCUGCACCGAGCGGACGUCCAGCAGCUGUUGGUGGGUAAAGAAGAGGUUCCCCCUGAGCAGCAGGAGUGGAGCUCCAGUGUGGACCAGGAGGACCCAGAGCCCCCACACAUUAAAGAGGAAGAGGAGGAACUGUGGAGCAGUCAGGAGGGAGAGCAGCUUCAAGGGCUGGAGGAGGCUGAUAUCACCAAGUUCACAUUCACUCCUGUCCCUGUGAAGAGUGAAGAUGAUGAAGAGGAACCUCAGUCUGAGGGACACCACUGUGGAGGACAAUUACAGGACAGGAACUCAGGUCCAGACUUAGAAACAGAUACUGAGGACAAGAAGCCAGACGAUUCUUUAGUCGCUGAGAUUGAAGUACGCCCGGUGUCCGGAGACUCUUCUGAAGCUGAGACUGACGACAGCGACGACUGGAUGGAGAACAGGGAACCUCAGUCAGGUUCAAAUUCUCUGACAAAUGAUGAACUUCCUGUUGGGGACGAAGAGAAAAUCUUCAGCUGCUACAAAUGCGGGAAAAGUUUUGGCAACAGCGGGUACCUGAACCGACACAUGAGAAUCCAUGCAGGAGAGAAACCAUUCACCUGUACCGUGUGCGGGAAGGGCAUCAUCGAGAGCCGAAAUCUGAAGAGACACAUGAGAACUCACACCGGAGAGAAACCCUUCAGCUGCUCUGAGUGUGGGAAAGCAUUUACUGAUGGCAGGCAGAUGAAGAUCCACAUGAGGAGUCACACGGGAGAGAAACCAUACAGCUGCUCAGUCUGUGGAAAAAAAUUUGCUUUACAGACAAGCUGCAUCCGACACACAAGGGUCCACUCAGGGGACAAACGGUUCAGCUGCGACGUUUGUGACAAAGUGUUCAGCUGGCCUCAUCAGCUCAGGAACCACCAGUGUGUCGGUGGUCAGUCGUCGCAGCUUCGUCAAACAGAAGCCGAUGGAGAGAAUGGUGGAGGACCAGGACCAGCUGGGAACUCGGAUCCAGAUACGAAUGACAAGACCGGUGACUCUUCUGAAGCUGAGACUGACGACAGUGGUGAUUGGAUGGAGACCAGAGAACCUCAGUCAGUGCAGCAGCAGUUGGUGGUUAAAGAAGAGGUUCCCCCUGAGCAGCAGGAGUGGAGCUCCAGUGUGGACCAGGAGGACCCAGAGCCCCCACACAUUAAAGAGGAAGAGGAGGAACUCUGGAGCAGUCAGGAGGGAGAGCAGCUUCAUGGGCUGGAGGAGGCUGAUAUCACCAAGUUCCCAUUCACUCCUGUCCCUGUGAAGAGUGAAGAUGAUGAAGAGAAACCUCAGUCUGAGGGACACCACUGUGGAGGACCAGGACCAGUGCCUGGAGGAGGAGUACAACCAGCACCUGGAGGAGGGGUACGACUAGUGCCCAGAGACUCUGAUCCAGAUUUAGAACCAGAUACUGACGACAAGAAGCCUGACAGUUCUUUAGUUGCUGAGAUCGAAGUCAGUCUUGAUGACUGGGACGAGACCAGAGAACCUCAGUCAGGUUUAAAGACUCACAAUAAAAAUGAGGUCCCUGUCAGUCCUGUGAUGUGUCUCUCUGAUGAAAACCCCUUUAGCUGCUCUGAGACUUCAGACUUUUCUGAACCUGAGAUUGACGAGGGUGAUGACUGGGCAGGGUCCAGAGAACCUCAGUCAUGUUUGAACUCUGUCCCCACCAGGGACAAGAAAGGUAGCGCUGACGAGAAACCGUUCAGCUGCUCCAUCUGUAAGAUAAACUUUACCCGGAGAGGAAGUCUACAGACGCACAUGAGAAUCCACACUGGAGAGAAACCAUUCAUUUGCCCCUUUUGUAGUAAAAGUUUUACCCAAGCAGGAAGUCUGAAAAGACACAUGAGCAUCCACACGGGGGAGAAAAGAUUCAGCUGCAGUGUCUGCGACCGAAGAUUCAUCUGGCUCCAUCAGCUCAUGAACCAUCAGUGUAGCGGGCGUCAGGAGUCAGUCGAAAUUGGAGAGGCAGAGCCUCCAGGCGGCAGCUCGACUCGGCAGGUAAAACAAGAGUCUGAUGGAGAGGACUGUGGAGGUGUACCACCAGUGCCCGGAGGUGGCAUGUUAUCAGUGCCCAGGAGUGGUGGCCCACCAGUGCUCGUAAACUCCUCUGAACUAAAAACUGAAGAUGGUGGUGAUUGUACAGAGACCAGAGAACCUCAGUCAUGUUUAAACUCUCUGAAAAAUGUUGGUGAGAAACCGUUUAGCUGCUCCGAGUGUGGGAAAAGGUUCAGCACCAAGGGUAGUCUGAAGGAACACAUGAGAAUCCACACGGGGGAAAAACCAUUCAGCUGCUCUGUCUGUAACAAAUCUUUCACGCAGAGCGGGAGUUUACAGAAACACAUGAGGAUCCACACUGGCGAGAAAAUAUUCACCUGCUCUGUAUGUGAAAAAAAAUUUUUGAACAAGGCGCACCUGAAGACGCACAUGGUCACUCACACGGGAGAGAAACCGUUCAGCUGUGCACUGUGUGGUAAAGCUUUCAUUGAGAACGGAAACCUGAAGAAACACAUGAGGACUCACACAGGGGAGAAACCAUUCAGCUGCUCAAUGUGUGAGAAAUCUUUUACGCAGAACGGGAGUUUGCAGACUCACAUGAGGACUCACACCGGAGAAAAACCGUUCAGCUGCUCCGUUUGCAAUCAGAGAUUCUUGAGUAAGGCGCACCUGAAGACGCACUUGAUAAAACACACUGGAGAGAAACCCUUCAGCUGCUCCGUGUGUGGGAAAGGUUUCAACGAAGGUGGUAAUCUUAGGAAACACAUGAAGACGCACUCAGGAGAGAAACCGUUCAGCUGCUCCAUCUGUGAUCAAAGAUUUUUACAGAAGACAGACCUGAAGCGUCACAUGAUCACACACACUGGAGAGAAGUUUUUCAGCUGCUCCGUUUGCGAUCAGAGUUUUUUACAGAAGCCGAAUUUGAAGAGACACAUGAUCACGCACACGGGAGAGAAACCCUUCGUUUGCACUGUGUGCGGCAAACGGUUCAUUCAGAAAGUUCACCUGACGCACCACAUGGCCCGACACACUGGAGAGAAGAGAUUCCGGUGCGGCAUGUGUGAUCAGAAAUUUGCUUGGCUUUAUCAGCUGAGGAACCAUCAGUGUGUCAGUCAGCAGUCGUCACAGGUUCAGCAGACUGAGGAGGGCGGAGGGGCGGAGCCUCCGGCCAGCAGCUCAGCUGAUGAGCAACAACAACUUCAAAUGGAUCUCACAUGAGAAUAGUAUGGAUUUUAGAAUCGACGCCAGAUAAGGACAAAUAUACAGAAGGAUUAUUUCUGGAUACAUGAAAAGCUUUUAAUGGUGAAAUUUUUCGAGCCAAAUAAAGUUCCAACAGCUUUCAGAGUUUAGCAUUUCAGUAUAGAGCUGCAGCAGUGUGAGAUUUUCAUGAACAGUAACCGUCUCAAAAAAUAUCGCAGUUUCACAGCACUGUGGUAUAACAGUUAAAGUUAAAGUCCCACUGAUUGUCACACACCAGAGUGUGUGAAAUUUGUUCUCUGCAUUUGACCCAUCCCCUGAGGGAGCGGUGAGCAGCAGCGGUGCCGCGCUUGGGAAUCAUGUGGUGAUCUAAACCCCCAAUUCCAACCCCUGAUGCUGAGUGCCAAGCAGGGAGGCAAUGGGUCCCAUUUUUAUAGUCUUUGUAUAUACAUAUAUAUAUAUAUAUGUAAAUGUAUGUAUAUGUACAUAUACAUAUAUAUGAAUAUAUGACAUAAAUUAAUGGAAAUUUGUGGGACGUUUUUGGCCAAGUUGCUCGUUGCCUUUAAAGGUUUAAUGUUUGUAAAAGGGGGUUUUGCUCAGUGGUGCAAAAAUAAAAGUUGAAAUUAAGGAGGGCAACAUCAGGUCUGAUACUUGUGAUGAAGGGUUAUACUUUAUUUUAAUAGUCUGACAAGAAGAAUCUCCUGAACAAAGCAGGUUGUUGACAGAGUUUCCUGCUUUAAUAAACUGAUUGCAUUUUAUUUUUUACACAGGAAGUAACUGAGGUGUAACUCUGCCUUUGUUACUGUAGUUUGUUUUUCUGGUUUUAUAUGAGAACAUGAUGUUCAUAGGUGUUUCAUAUUCUGUAUGUUGAUCUACCAUCAUCUUUUGAAUUUGGUUCAUUGUUUUCUCUGAGUUCUGAAAAUGUCAUCAAAUAUUUGUCUUUGUUCAAACUGAGUUGGUUAAAUCAGUAAAAAGCAGCGAGUGUUUCCCAAACUGAGAGGAUUUAAUAAAGAGCACUUUAUGUUUCUUUAAAGAUUUUUGCUGGUUUUUUCUUUUUUUUGAAUUUGUUUGGCUGAUUUAAAAGAUAACAUUCUCUCUAAACCCAAGGCAUGUCUUCUUCAAACAUCUUUUCUGAUUUUCUUUCAAAAAUGUUGGUCUUUUUUUUUCUUAAAAAGAUUGCGUCUUUAAAUAUUUUUGCUGAUUUUUUUCUUCUUCUUGUAAAGCUUUUGGCCUUUUUUAAACGAUUGUUUGAAAAUGUUUUUUUUUUUUUUUUUUGCUUU